AUGCCACUGCUACCCCCACUCCGAAGCUCCAAACCUGAAACUAAGAAAUCUCAGUACAGCAAAAUUGUACUUAAUGGUCAUGACCAAUCUGAAAAGAGGGAGGAGAAUUACCAAGCAAAGAUAUCUCCAUCUUCACCUCAGGGAACACUCAAAAAGAGAUCAGCUUUUGAAGAUCUCACCAAUGCUUCUCAAAGUCAACUUGCCCAGCCCAAGAAGGAGGCCAAUAAGGAUGUUAAAGAUGCUUCCAAGAAGGUAAACAAAAACACAACUGCUCUUGGGCUGGCUAAAAAUAAUGAGAUGAAUAUAAAAAGGUGUAAGCUGAAACCCUUACCAAUAGUAGCCUCUACCACCUGGGUACCAAACAUUAUGGAGAAACUGCUCAUUCCAGAGAUACUUACAAUCUCCAAAACACCUGCAACUGAAGAAGUAUCUCUUUUCACAAAGACAUUAGUUUUAAAAGAAGAGCCCACUACUGAGGAGACAACUGUCACCAAAAGGCCAUUAUCUUCAAAGAAUUAUUCAAAUCAGGAGGAGGUGUUCCUUUUGAAGCAGCCACUAUCCUUGCAAAAGGAGAUUGACAAUGAAGAUGAGUUUAUUAUGGAUCCAGUGACUUGUAGGAAGAGGCAUAAAACUGAGAAGGCAACUCUCAUCAAGAGGCCAUUAUCUUUAAAGAAGAAGAUGUAUACUAAUCAGGGAAAGAUGUCCCCCCUGAAGAAUCCACUAGUAUUUCAAAAGAUUACCUUUAAAGAGAAGUCACUCACUACAGAGCUGUUGUCCUUUAAAAUGAAGCCUAUCACUGAGGAGAAGUUUUUUUUCCAAGAUCCAUCUGCAUUGCAAGAGAAACACACAGUUGAGAUGGAGGUGGCCCUCUUCAAGAAGCCAUGGGCAUUGCAGGAAAGUAAAAAUAAUGAAGAUGACUCUGUUAUGGAACUGAUUUCUUUUAGGAAGAAGCAUAAUACCAAAGAGGCAACCCUCACCAAGAAGCUGUUAUCCUUAAAGAAGUACACCAUUCAGGGGAAGAUAUCCCACCUGAAGAAGCCACUAGUAUUAUGGAAGACCAUCUCUGAAGAGAAGUCACCCAUUAAAGAGCAAUUGUCCUUUAAAAAGAAGCCUACAACUGAGGAGGAGUCCCUUUUCCAAGAGUCAUCUGUAUUGCAAGAGAAGCAGAGCACUCAUGGGGAGAUGUCCAUCUUGAAGAAGGCUUUGGCCUUGCAAAAGACUCCUACUGAGGAAGAACCAUUUUUAAAGGAGCAUUUGGCUUUUAAAAAGAAACAUACCAUUGAGGAGACAACUCUCACUCUGAAGCCGUUAUCUUUAAAGAAGAAGCAUACCACUCAGGGGAAGAUGUGCUGUUUGAAGAAGCCAUUACUACUGCAGAAGAUCAUUUUUGAAGAGAAAUCACUCAUUAAGGAGCCAUUUUCCUUUAAAAAUAAGCCUAACUCUGAGGAGACAUCUGUCUUCCAAGAGCCAUCUGCAUUGCAAGAGAAGCAGACCAAUCAGGGCGCCUUGCCACUGGCCUUACAAGAGAAAAUCACCUCUGAAGAGGAGUUCUUAAUUCAGGAGCCAUUGGCCUUGAAGGAGAAUUAUACUGUGGUGGAGGAAUUCCUUUUCCAGAAACCAUUUUCACUGAAGAAGGCUACCAACAAAGAGGACUCUCUCUUCCACAAACCAUUGGCUAUUCUUGAGAGUACUGACACCAAAGAGAAAUCCUUCUUGAUGAAGCUGUUAACUUUGCAGGAGAAGACUAUCAUUGUCAAGGAGUCCCCCUUUAAGAAGCCUUUGGCCCUAAAGAAAGAGACCUCUGCUGAAGAGGUAACAAUUGUAGAGAGGUAAUUAUCUUUAAAGAAGGAGCCCACUGCUCAGGGGGGCCUGUUCCUCUUGAAGAAGCAAUUGGCUAUGCAAGAGAAUAGCACCAAUGAAGAGGAGUCCUUUAUUAAGCAGAUCUUGGCCUUGCAGGAGAAUCCCAGCAUUGAGGAGAAAGUUGACUUCAAGGAGCACUUGGCCUUGCAGGAGAAGCUCAGCAUUGAGAAGGAGGCCAGCCUCAAAGAGUCAUUUACCAUUCAGAAGAAGUCCCUCAUUGAGAAGGAGACUCUCUUCAAAGAACCCACCACUGACACAGAUGCUCACUUGAAGGAGCCCUUGGCCUUGCAGGAGAAACCCACUAUUGAGAAGGAGGCCCUCCUCAAGGAUUUGUUUGCCUUUCAGGAGAAGCCCAGCAUUGAGAUGGAAGCCCUCUUCAAGGAGCCCUUGGAUUUGCAGAAGAAUCCCACCUUUGAUAAAGAGGCUUUCCUCAAGGAUCUGUUGGCUUUGCCAGAGAAGCCCAGUGUUCAAAAUGCAGCCCUCUUCAAGGAGCCAUUGGCCUUGCAGAAGAAGUCCAGCAUUGAGAAGGAGGCCUUCCUCAUGGUAUCCUUGGCUUCUCAGGAGAAGCCCAGCAUUGGGAAAGAGGCUGUCUUCAUGGAGCCCUUGACUUUGCAGGAAAAGCCCACUAUCAAUGAGGCAUUCAUUUUCAAGGAGGUAUUAGGCUUGAAUGAGAAUCCUAUUGCGGAAGAGUUAUACUUCAAGGAGCCACUGGCCUUGCAAAAUAAUCCCACUGCCAAGGAAGACAUCUUUCUUAAAGCAUUCUUGAUCUUCCCAGUUGAGACCAAGCCACAUACAUCCAGCACUGCCACUAAGUCCAGAACAGAUAAAUCUAGCACUGCUUGGAGCAUAUCCAAUAUGGGCAAGGGCAGUACCACCAGCAAGUCCAGUGCUUGUGAAUCCAGUUCCAAUGAACCUUUCUUACCUCAGGGCAUGAGAACCCAGGAAGAGAUUACUUCACUGGAGGAUGUUGACAAGGACCACAGUGAUCAGUUUUUCAACUCAGUGUAUGCCAAGGAUAUCUACAAUUACAUGAAGGACAGAGAGGAAAAGUUCAUACUUAAAAAAUACAUGAACAGGCAGAUUGACAUCAGCAGUGACAUGAGAGCCAUUCUUGUGGACUGGUUGGUGGAGGUACAGAUGGCCUUUGAGAUGAAUCAUGAAACCCUGUACUUGGCAGUGAAACUGGUGGAUCACUACUUAAUGGAGGCAGUAUGCAGAAAGGACAAACUACAACUCCUUGGUUCCACAGCUUUUCUGAUCGCAGCAAAAUUUGAGGAACCUUGCCCACCUUUUGUGGAUGACUUUCUGUACAUCUGCGAUAAUAUUUACCAGUGAGAUGAGAUGCUUGCCAUGGAAAUCAAUAUCCUCCAAACCGUCAAAUUUGACAUCAACAUUCCCAUCGCCUAUCAUUUCCUAUGCAGAUAUGCUAAGUGUGUCCAUGCCAGCAUGAAGACCCUGACAUUGUCCUGCUUCAUCUGUGAGAUGACCCUGAAGGAAUAUGACUAUGUUCAGGUGCGGGCUUCCAAACUGGCUGCUGGUUCCUUCCUCCUGGCCCUCUACAUGAAGAAGCUUGGACACUGAGCUCCUACCCUAGAGUAUUACAGUGGCUACAAGAUUGCUGAUCUUCACCCUUUGGUCAGGCAGCUGAACAUCCUGCUGACUUUCCAGGCUUGUGACAGGCUCAAGACUGUGUAUUCCAAGUAUUCUCAUCAAAUCUUCUUUGAAGUCAUCAAAAUCCCCCCCCCCCCCUUGGACAUAUUGAAGCUGGAGGAGAUUUUGAACUACUCCUGA